AUGUUGACCUGUCUCGGAUUAGCUUCGUGUCCGCAUGAUCGACAAGAUCCCUCUAGGCCCAAAAGUCGAGAUGCAAUACCGAUCCACCAUCUGCUCAAUGCUCCAGAAGAUGACGACUUCAUCGGACACUUUCCGAUUCGUGACACGGCACAGGACCCAACUGGCGACGAUGAUGAUGCUGUCAUUGCUGAAGCAGAGGAUUCUUCGGAAGCGUCACAUUGGAGCGAUGACUACGACGCAAACGAUGUCUUUAUUGGAGCAGAGAUGCUUGAGCUCGGCGUAGCUUUUGAUAACUUCCUUGGAGGGUUUGAGACGAUGACUUUCGGUAACUUCCCGUUGCAUCACGAUCUGUCGGAGAUAAUCAGCGAAGGUGGGGUGUCAUCUCCCAUGGACAUGGCUCUUGAGCCUCGGGCGUUCGAAAUAAGACAACUCUUGAUGGGAACAGCAUCCAGCCUUGCCAUGGCCUAUCCAGAUAAUCCGAGGCUGGGACACUUGGGCGGUGCUAUCCAACUGCUCACCCAUAUCGAAUUGGAUUACUGCGUCAACCUGUACUUCAACAACUAUCACCGUCAUUGUCCCAUCCUCCAUCGACCGUCUUUCCAACCGACGAUAGUGCCAAUACCUCUCCUACUUACCACGGCUGCUCUCGGUGCCAUGUACUCCCCAGAUCCCACCAAGGUGGCUUGGAUGAAGAGUCUUUUCGAUGUCAUGGAGGCAUAUAUAUUCGGCCUGCCCGGUCUCAGGGACGAUUUUAUGGGUGGCUUCAGCCUUACAGAAGCACCAGAUGAAGAGACCCUCAACUACCAGUUUCAGAUAUUUCAAGGGGCAUAUUUGAUGGUUGUCACUCAAUUCUUCUCCGGUAACUUGGCCGGACGAAGGAGGGCAAGACGACAGAGGUUCUGCACAAUCACGAGUAUCGCUAGAGCGUUUCGCCUGCCAACAGCCCAGCAUGGAAGCAUGACUGUCAUCCACGAUGAGGCUUCAUUUCAACGAUGGAUGCAAAAUGAAAGCCGAAUCCGGACGAUGAACAUCAUCCUUGCCUUGGAUUCAGCCAUGGGGAUAUUCAACAACGUCCCUCCACGGAUCAAUUACUGCGAGCUAGAUUUGCAGCUGCCCUGCCAUCCAGAAUAUUUCGACCUCUCUAGCUACGCGGAGAUGCUGCAACGAUCGUUAUUUCCUUGGCCUCGAAUGAAGUUGAUUGAUGCUUUCCAGAGACUUUUUACCCCAUCAGACGAGCUAAUGCCUGUAUACGAACAUGAAGUACUCUGUUGUUGGGACAUGCUUUAUUUGAUCCACGUGCUCUUCACACACUGUUGGCAGCACCUGUUGGGAAACCCACUGAACCGUGUAUCACCCUCCAGGCUCGCCUGCGCACCGCCCAGUAUCUUCGAACCCAUGAAGAUGGCCCUGGCCAACUGGAAGUUGCUGUGGGACGAAGCUCGUGCCAGAGUGGCAAGGUCAGCGGUUCCAGAAAUGGGCUUCGAAACCUCUGCCGACAGUUACUGGACUCUUACUCGGCUGAUCGUCCAACGAUCCGAAGCCACAACUGAGAAUGCGAGCUGUCCUCGCCCGGAAACUGCCAAUUCUCCCUCGAACGGCACUGAAAGCAGUGCUCGGCCCGCCACGAAUGGAUUUAAGUCAGGACUGUCUAGUGUUGGCUUGGAUUUUAUGCCCCUUCCAGCAGAUUGUGAUAGCCAAGGGUCCCAUUUGAGGAAGAUCCUUAGAAGAUGA